UUAUUUUAAAAUGGUUUUGACCUGAUCAUAGCUCAUAUAGUUUUAAGUCAGUUUUAAAAAAUUGAAAAACUAUUUGAACUAACGUUUUUUGAUUGUGUUCGAAUUAAAGUACAAAGGCCAACAAGGGUUAAAAGACUUAUCGAUAACACGUCCUCGUCUAUCGUCACCCCAGCCGAAGCGUGCGUCUUCUCAAACGCAGACAGAAUAAAUAACAUUAACCAAGCCAACAUUUAAUUAAUAAACACUGUCUGGCUGUGCAAUAUAGCAGGGAAUCAAACCCUUAAAGAUGUCCUCGCGUUCCUCCGAAGAGCGAAACUAUUUACCACGCAAAUUUGACAGCAAUAGCUACAACCACAAACGGUCGGCGUCAUCCUCAUCAGCCAGGACAACUUCCUCCGGACACAAGGACCGCCGGUUGGACUUCGAUUACUAUGUCGGCCGUCGCCAACAGCGCUCCGGCUCUCUACGGCGUUCCCGUUCGCGUUCCGUCUCUGGGUCGCCGGGUCCGGCACCUCGCCAUCAUUCCGGACGCACAUCCCGAGAUCGCCAGCGAAUGCACAAGGCACGCGAACACCCACAAGCAAGUCGCUGCAUUGGAGUUUUCGGUCUGAACACCAACACCACGCAGCACAAGGUGCGCGAGCUUUUUAACAAGUACGGACCCAUCGAGCGAAUCCAGAUGGUCAUCGACGCUCAUACACAUCGUUCGCGGGGCUUCUGCUUCAUUUACUUUGAGAAUCUCGACGAUGCCCGUGUGGCCAAGGACGCCUGUUCUGGCAUUGAGGUGGAUGAUCGUCGCAUUCGCGUUGACUACUCUAUAACCCAACGCGCCCACACACCCACUCCAGGUGUCUACAUGGGUCGUCCAUCGCGCAGUGGACACUCAGGCCGCUCCCGCUCGCCCCGGGCAGGCGGGCGCCGUCGGGACCGCUCUGUCUCACCGAAUGACAACUAUCGUCAGCGCAAUAACUACCGUAGCGAUCGCUAUGACCGCAGCAACCGCACCAGUUCUAGUCGCAUCCGCUACAAUCGCAGCAGAAGCUACAGCCGCUCACGUUCUCCCCAAACUCUAUAUAUUUCCAAAUAAGGGCGUAUCCCAACGCGCUAUUAGUGACCCCUGCAGGUAAUGGGGCCACUUCCUUAACUCGUGCUCCUAUAUCGGCCCUGCUGGAUUCUGUAAAACGGCCUGCGGAGGAGCAUACGACUGAAAUAUUGUGUUUUUGGUGAAACCAUCCCAUCUAUGGCAUUUGGUUGGCGAGCAGCUCACAACUAGACUAAUUUCCAAAUUCAUCAUCCACCCAAAAACAGAUUCUUAUUAUAAUUAUUCGUUAACGAUUACUGUUGCUGUACAAAAACGUAGUUUGUAAAUAUCAAAUCAAUUACCAUCAUUACAUACAGAUGUCCGCAUAGAUUGUGAUAUGUAUUUUAAAGGAACCGCAGCAAACUGAUAAUGAUAACAAAACUAAACUAAUUUUAAUUAUAAUUGUAAUUGUGCAGCAAGUACAAAAUAAAAUUGAAAUUGUACAGAAAUCGA